CAAAAAAAGACAAAACUUUACAGCAAAAUAAACAAAUUUUAAUUAAAUUAAGGUUUUUAAGCGUAUUACCAAUUACCAUAAUACCUACUGCGACUGGUAAACAUGAGUAAGAAGCCAAUAUCAUUUGGAAAGAUCAAGUUCAGCCUUCCUACCACAACCUCAACCGCCGAGCAAAAUGAAGAGGCCAAUACUUCUGGAUUCGGCACUUUCGGCCGGACCCCCAUACAGGAGCAGACCAAAGACAUAGACGAGAUAGCCGAAGACCUGGAGAGCCAGCAUGUGCAGGAGGUCAUGGGCAUCAAGAACUUCGGUAAGAAGGCUAAAAACUUUGACAUUGAGGAGAUGAUGAUGAGAGCGCGGCAAGCGGCCCAGGAAGCCGCUAAAAAGAAGGCUGUUGAAGACGAAGAGAAAGCUAAGGAGAUUAUAGAGAAUUCUAGUGCUAAAGAUGAUGAUGAUGAUGAUGAGGAUCUAAUAGGGCCUCCACUGCCUCCGGGGUUGGUGGAAGAAGAUGAAGAUAUAAUAGGGCCUCCUGUACCAGAGGCGUUGAAGAAAGCUGAUGACAAAACGAAAGGUGAAGACAGCUAUGAUGAACUCAGUGGGUCUGAUGAUGAAGAUGAUGCUGGCCCGGAGAAGAAAAUUCCUAAUAGUCAUGAGGUGCAAAUGCUGCACGGUUCCAAGGCGGUGGUGGCCCUCGCGGUGGACCCCUCGGGAGCUCGACUAGCAACUGGCUCCAUUGACUAUGAUGUCUCUUUCUGGGAUUUCGCAGGCAUGGACGCCUCAAUGCGUUCCUUCCGCACCCUCCAGCCGUGCGAGAACCACCCCAUCAAGUGUCUCCAGUACUCGGCCACGGGGGACGCCAUCCUGGUCGUGUCCGGCGCGGCGCAGGCCAAGGUGCUGGACCGGGACGGCUUCGAGAGCCUCGAGUGUGUGAAGGGGGACCAGUAUAUUACGGAUAUGGCUAAGACAAAAGGCCACACAGCGUCACUAAACAGCGGCUGCUGGCACCCGCACAUCCGCGAAGAGUUCAUGACGUGCGCCCAGGACGCCACCCUCCGGCUGUGGCUCACAGACAACCCUCGGCACCACAAGGCAGUCAUCAAGCCACGGCAACAGGGAGGCCUGAAGACCAACCCCACGGCUUGUACCUUCUCUAGAGAUGGGAACACCGUCGCUUGCGGCUGCUUCGACGGAUCAAUACAGAUGUGGGAUCAUAGGAAAAGCUUUGUUAAUACUUCACAGGUUAUCAGGUCUGCGCAUCAGAAGCAAACUGAGAUAACUAGUGUGGUUUACUCGUAUUUGGGGAACAAUUUGGCGAGUAGAAGCAAUGAUGAUACGUUGAAGUUGUGGGAUUUGAGGGCCACGAAACAGCCGUUGAAUGUGUUCGAUAACCUGUUUUCGAGGUACGAACAGACGGAUUGUGGGUUUAGUCCCGAUGAUGCGAUGGUUUUUACAGGGGAGUCGCUACAGAAAGGCCAAGAUGUCGGUAGGUUGCUGUUUUAUAACACGAAAACCUUUAAAAAGGUUACACAGAUAGAGGUUAGCAAAUCGCACGUUAUCAAAGCGGUGUGGCACGCGAAAUUAAACCAAAUAUUCGUUGGUUGCGGCAAUGGCGUCGUCAAAUGCUACUACGAUCAGAAGAAGAGUCUUCGAGGCGCAAAACUAUGCAUAGUCAAGACGCACAGAAAGAAGCAAUCAUCAGACGUAGUCAGCUCCCAACAGAUCAUUACACCUCACGCAUUACCCCUAUUCAGGCAAGAAAAACUCCGGACAAACAAGAAGAAAAUGGAAAAGGACCGGUUAGACCCCAUAAAAUCCCGUCGCCCAGACUUACCAAUCACAUCAGGCCAAGGCGGUAGGGUUGCCGCUUCUGGCUCCACUCUCAGCUCCUUCGUCAUAAGGAACCUAGGGUUGAGUAAACGGGUGGAUGAUGACCAGGAUCCUAGGGAAGCUAUAUUGAAGUUCGCUAAAGAUGCUGAGGAGAAUCCGUUUUGGGUCGCGCCGGCGUAUAAGAAGACGCAGCCAAAGCCGAUAUUUCAGGGGGAUGACGAUGAUGGACCGUCCGAUGCGAAGAAACAGAAGACGUAGGUGGUAGGAAUGAAUGGAAAUGUGAAUAAAUGGAAUCGUGUACAGUUAA